GACAACUCCAACGUCACUAACCACCACAGCGUCCCAAGUUCCUAGCCCAAAAUGACAAAGGGAACUUCCAGCUUCGGAAAGCGCCACAACAAGACGCACACGCUCUGCAGGCGUUGCGGUCGUCGCUCCCUCCACAUCCAGAAGCACACCUGCUCCUCAUGCGGCUACCCUGCUGCUAAGACCCGCAAGUUCAACUGGGGCGAGAAGGCCAAGCGAAGGAAGACCACCGGUACCGGCCGCAUGCGAUACCUCAAGACCGUCAACCGCAAGUUCAGCAACGGAUUCCGCGUCGGCACGCCCGCUGGCGCCAAGGGCCCCGCAGCCGCAAAGAAGGAUUAAGCGCGAGGGUGAAGGACUUGGUGUACAGGCGCGAUGAAGGCCAAACAAACAUGGUGCAUGAUCGGAGCGGGGUUCUUACAGGCAAAUGGUAUUGCUCGGCAUGGGGCGUUUUGUCAUACCUCUCCCGGUUGCUUUCCAUCCGCAUGACGAAUGAGGAUGGCUUCCACCGUCUGGGCUCGAGCUCGGGAGGCAUAAAUAUGGAAAAUCUCAUCAUGUUCUGUCACGAAUGAAACAAUCAAAAGAGCAACA